AUGAUCACUGUGAGAAGGAUGCUGCAACAAGCGCUGAGAGUAUCCGGCCGGAGCGCCUUCCCCCUGGUCAAGUGGAUGGAGAGGUGGGCUGAGGGCGCGUCGGCCAAGCAGCGGGCUGUGAGGACCCUGGAGGAGAUGCCCGGACCGUCUGUCGCCAGCUUCGCUUGGGACUUGUUCGCCAAACGGGGGCUGUCCCGGCUGCACGACUUACAGCUGGAGGGAUUGCAGCGAUAUGGGCCCAUGUGGAAAGCAAGCUUCGGCCCCAUCCUGACAGUUCACGUGGCUGAUCCAGCACUCAUUGAGCAGGUGCUGAGGCAGGAGGGCCAGCACCCCAUGCGCUCUGACCUUUCCUCCUGGAAGGACUACAGAAGCCUCAGAGGACAUCACUAUGGACUCCUGACAUCUGAGGGGGAAGAGUGGCAGUCGGUGAGAAGUCUCCUGGGGAAGCACAUGCUGCGCCCAAAAGCUGUCGAAGCCUACGACAAAACCCUGAAUGGUGUGGUCAGCGACCUCAUCGCCAAACUUCGCCUCAGCAGGAGCUCUGAGGGCCUCGUCGCUGACAUCGCCAGCGAGUUCUAUCGCUUCGGCCUCGAGGGCAUCUCCUCGGUGCUGUUUGAAUCCAGAAUCGGUUGUCUGGAUGAGGUUGUCCCUGAAGAGACGGAGCGUUUCAUCCAGUCGAUCAACACCAUGUUUGUAAUGACGCUUCUCACCAUGGCCAUGCCGAAGUGGUUGCACCAGCUGUUUCCUAAACCCUGGAACGUCUUCUGUCAGUGCUGGGACUACAUGUUUGAGUUUGCUAAAGGCCACAUUGACCAGCGUCUUACCGCCGAAGCAGAAAAGGUUGCCCGUGGCGAGAAUGUGGAGGGCCGUUAUCUAACCUACUUUCUGUCACAGACCGGACUGCCCAUGAAGACUGUCUACAGCAACGUCACAGAGCUGCUUCUUGCAGGAGUCGACACAAUCUCUAGCACCAUGUCCUGGUCAUUGUACGAGCUGUCCCGCCACCCCGAGGUGCAGGCAUUGCUCAGGGAUGAGGUGCUAGGCGUGCUGGGGGGUCGAGGCAUACCUGAGGCAGCAGACGUGGCCCGCAUGCCUCUCCUGAAGGCCACAGUCAAAGAAGUGCUCAGGUUGUAUCCCGUUAUUCCUGCCAAUGCACGAGUCAUUACAGAGAGAGACAUCCAGGUUGGAGGCUACCUCAUCCCUAAAAAUACUCUGAUUACCCUGUGCCACUUUGCAACGUCACGGGAUCCUGCGAUCUUUCCAAAUCCAGAUGAAUUCCAGCCCCAUCGAUGGUUGAACAAGAAUCUUACUCAUCACCCGUAUGCCUCUGUACCCUUUGGGGUGGGAAAACGCAGCUGCAUAGGUCGUCGUAUAGCCGAGCUGGAGCUCUACCUCGCUCUUGCCAGGAUCCUCAAAGAAUUCGAUGUGAAGCCGGACCCAGAGGGGACUUCAGUGAAGCCUAUGACCCGGACUCUUCUGGUUCCUGAAAAUGUCAUUAACCUCCAGUUUAUUGAACGAUGA